AUGCAGAAAGCCACCUACUACGACAGCAGCGCCUCGGCCGCCCUCUUCGGAGGCUACUCCUCGUACCCCGGCAGCAAUGGCUUCGGCUACGAGGGCGCCCCCCAGGCCCCGUUCCCGGCCGCCGCCGCGCACCUGGAGGGCGACUACCAGCGCGCGGCGUGCUCGCUGCAGGCCCUGGGCGGCGCCGGCCCGCACGCCAAGGCCAAGGAGCUCAACGGCGGCAGCUGCAUGAGGCCCGGCCUGGCCCCCGAGCCGCUGCCCGCCCCGCCCGGCUCGCCCCCGCCCAGCGCCGCCCCCACCAGCACCUCCAGCGGCGGCAAGGGCGGCCCCCCCAAAGGCGGCCCCGGCGCCAACGCCACCCUCACCAAACAGAUAUUCCCCUGGAUGAAAGAGUCGAGGCAAACGUCCAAGCUGAAAAGCAGCUCCCCCGGCACAGCGGAGGGCUGCGGCGGCGGCGGCGGCGGAGGAGGCGGAGGCGGAGGAGGCGGCGGAGGAGGAGGAAGCGGUGGAGGAGGAGGAGGAGGCGGCGGCGGCGGCGGCGGGGGCGGGGACCGGAGCCCCCCGGGCUCGGCGGCGUCCAAGCGGGCCCGCACGGCCUACACGAGCGCGCAGCUGGUGGAGCUGGAGAAGGAGUUCCACUUCAACCGCUACCUGUGCCGGCCGCGCCGCGUGGAGAUGGCCAACCUGCUGAACCUCAGCGAGCGCCAGAUCAAGAUCUGGUUCCAGAACCGGCGCAUGAAGUACAAGAAGGACCAGAAGGCCAAGGGCCUGGCCUCGUCCUCGGGGGGCCCGUCCCCCGCCGGCAGCCCCCCGCAGCCCAUGCAGUCCACCGCGGGCUUCCUGAACGCCUUACACGCCAUGACGCCCAGCUACGAGAGCCCGUCCCCGCCCGCCUUCGGCAAAGCCCACCCGAACGCCUACGCGCUGCCCCCCAGCUACCAGCCGCCCCUCAAAGGCUGCGGCGUCGCCCCCCCGCAGAAAUACCCCCCGACGCCGGCGCCCGAGUACGAGCCCCACGUCCUCCCGGCCAACGGGGCGGCCUACGGGACGCCCGCCAUGCAGGGCAGCCCGGGCUACGUGGGCGGGGGCGGCUACGUGGAUCCGCUGCCGCCCCCUGCCGGCCCCUCCCUCUACGGCCUCAACCACCUCACCCACCACCCCUCGGGGAGCCUGGACUACAACGGGGCGCCCCCGAUGGCCCCCAGCCAGCACCACGGACCCUGCGACCCCCACCCCACCUACACAGACCUCUCCUCUCACCAUGCGCCUCCUCCUCCUCCUCCUCCUCCUCCUCAGGGUAGAAUCCAAGAAGCGCCCAAGUUAACGCACCUGUGA